AUGACACCAAACAAUACAACAAAUGUUUCAUGCUCUGAUGAAGAUGAAAAUUUCGUGCUAAUUACUCUAUUAAUUGUUGGUGGAUGGUCAUCAAUUAUUACAUGUAUAUUAGGUUUAUUAGCUAAUACAUUUUCAAUAAUUAUACUCGCUCAUAAACGUAUGAGAACAUUGUCAACCAAUAUAUAUUUAAUUGCUUUAGCAGUUGUCAAUCUACUAUGGCUUAUUUUAUUCUUCCUAUGUUAUGCACUUCGUUUAACUAUUAUUGUUCCAUAUUUUAUUUCUGAAAAUCAAGAAAAUUUACAUAGUAUCUAUAAUCAAAUAUUUCAUCGAUUAUCACCAUAUAUCAUUCCACUAAUGAAUACACUUCAAUUAUGUAUAAUUUAUUAUACAGUAGCUGUUUCUGUUGAUCGCUAUUUAUAUAUUUCAACAGGUAUAAAUCCAAGUCAAUAUUGUACUGUACGAAAUGCUCUACGUAUAAUAUUAUUUUUAACAAUAUUUUCAAUUAUUUUUGUCAUAUUAUAUUGGUUUAAAUUUCGAAUUACUACACAAACGAAUACUGAAAAUCAAACUUAUUAUAAAAUGUUCUAUACUGACAUUGGUCAACAGAAAAUGUUUCAAGAAAUUAUUAAUCUUUCGAUCUAUAUUCCAAUCGUACAUGUUAUACCAUUAGUAACAUUAAUAUUAAUAAAUAUUUUAACUGUUCGUCGUCUUAUAAAAUACCAUGAUGAACAUCGUCGUUUAAUAUCAACAUCAGUUCGACAAAUGGCAAUGAUAAGAACAAAUUUUUUUUAUUCACGACGACAUUAUCAUGUAUCAAUAAUGCUUAUAGCUGUUGUACUCUUAUUUAUUUUAUGUCGUUUUCCAAUGCUUAUUAAUCAUUUAUAUGAAGUUCAACAUUCAAUAACUGAUGAUAAUAUAUCGAAUGAAAAUCUUUAUUUUCAAUGUCGUAUUCAACGUUUAUUUAAUAUAUUUGCUAAUUUUAUGCAAACAAUUAAUUCAAAUGGAAAUUUAAUUCUUUAUUUAUUAUGUUGUCAAAAUUUUCGUGAAACUACAACUGAAUUAUUUGAAAAAAUAUCAAAUUCUCUAAGAAUACAAUCAAAUGAUAAUAUAGUAUCUAAAAUACAUAUGCGUUCAAGAACAAAUACACAUUUAACAGAUAUGUAA